CUAAGAACAUUUUUAUAAUGUGCCAAGAAUAUUGUGUGAAGCGGACAUAUACAACAUCAACAGAACAUCCCGAAAAUAUCAAAAGAUAUCACGUAACAUUCUUAGAAUAUUAUAAGAAUAUUAUCUUCAUAUUUAAUAACAUUCAUAUAAUAUUUUCGGAAUAUUACACGCUUAUAGGGUAGCCUCCUUUUCAUGUGUGCGCGCGCGCGCGCGCGUGUGUGUGUGUGUGUGCGAUAAAAAAAUAAUACAACAUAAUAAUAUUAAAAUGUAUGUAUACAUUAUAUAAUAUUAACAUUACAUGUACAAAUCACCGGUUUUUAUAACGAAAUAAAGGUUUACGGAGAAAAGGAAGCGAAAGAAUACAGUUCGAUUAUUCGUCUCGACGGGGAAGCGAACGUUAAAGACACAUUCGUGGCCGGCGGGGCAGGCGCGUUUCCGCGCUCGCUCGUGAUUCGCCCAUUUUACCAGCGACGGCUUCUCCUUCGUGUAUUGACGCCGCGCAGAAUCUCCGUCGCGUACGCCUACCAACGCCGCCGCUCGGCCGUAGCGGCACAGGUUAGGUCGGUCGGCGAAGGUUAGGUGCGCGACUCGUAUCAGUCUUCAUCGACGUGUCAAACGCGAGCGAAGGCAAAUGGCGGCCGCUCGAGGUGAAAACGACGACAUUCCCGCGCUCGAGGAGGAGCUCGAGAAGCUGAACCUGGCCUGCGCGACGACGGAGGACGAUGCGCCGACGGAGGACAAGGUCGACGAUGACGCGGUCGACUUCGGGAAAACCGGCGAGCCGCAGCUCUGGGGCUUCGAGACGCGUGAGCUUUACAAGCUCGCGCUCGGUUUCUACAAAGAGAAGAAGGGUAAGGCCGUGCACAUCUCCUACGAGGACAAGCUGAAACUGGUGGCGUUCAUUCAGCAAGUGACGCACGGCAAGUGCACCGCGGAGAACGCACCGCCGCUGGGCGUCCUCGACGUAAUCGGCAAGGACAGACGCCUCGCCUGGCAGAAUCUGGGUGAUAUUACCAAGGAACAGGCGAUGGAGGGCUUCAUAGUCCUGUUGGAUAAGCUGUGUCCCCUGUUUAGAACGGUGGCUGAGGCGCAGAAGAGGGACUUCGAGGAGAAGGAACGACUGAAGAAGGAGGAGGAGGCGAGGAAGCUCGAGGAGGAGAGGAAGCUGAAGGAGCUCGAGGAGGAGCGGAAGAAGCGGGAGGAGGAGAGGCUGAAGGAGGAGACGCAGAGGCGGCAGAUCCAGGAUGCCCUGAAUCAGCAGACGUACCACCAGUUCAAGAUGUACGCCGAACAACAGUACCCCGGCAAUCCGGAGCAGCAGGGCGUCCUGAUCAGGCAGCUGCAGGAGCAACACUACCAUCAGUACAUGCAGCAGCUGCAUCAGAACCAGCUGGACCAGAGCGAGGAAGAGGAAGAGAAGAAGAAGAAAAAGAAGAAGAACAGCGACGGUAACAUCGAGGAGGAGACGAGCCUGUCGAAGGACGACGAUAACAACAAGGACGCAUCCAACACGAAUGACGAGGACUCCGACGACCUGGAGGACUGGCCUCCCAUCACCCCGGCGGAGAUGUGGACGAGGAAGGGUGUGGAGGAGUUCAAGCGGACGAUCUGGCGGGAGGCGCCCGACGCGGUGAUCAGGGUGGGACAUGGCGAGACGGUGACCGUCCGCGUGCCCACGCACGAGGACGGCACGUGCCUCUUCUGGGAAUUCGUCACGGACUCCUACGACAUCGGCUUCGGCGUAUACUUCGAGUGGUCGAAGCCGGACACGAAUCAGGUAUCUGUGCACAUAAGCGAGUCCGAGGACGAGGACGACGAGGACGAGGAGUACGAGCCGAGGAACGACCUCGAGAGCGGACCGAUGAACAACAACGCCCGGCCGGAGCGGCGAACCACGACGCCGCCCAUCAGCGUAAUCGUGCCCGUCUACAGAAGGGACUCGCAGGACGAGAUCUACGGCGGUAGCCACCAGUACCCGGGCGAGGGGGUGUACCUUCUGAAAUUCGACAACUCUUAUUCGCUCUGGCGGAGCAAAAGACUCUAUUACCGAGUGUACUACACGCGGCAAGGCCAAGGCUUCACGAACAAUAACAACAAUUAAUCAACCUCGUCAAGCCGUCCGUCCAUCGCGACGAGAGGACGACGCGUGAUGAACGACGAACGAGACGUAUGUCCGUUGAGCACUAGCCUUCACACUAUAAAUGUACUAAUAACUGUACUAAUAAUGCUAGUCCAACUGAAUAUGAGUCUGAUGUGUCGAUUCGGUCCGUGUAGAAGUGUAACACACACACACACACACACACACAAAAGAGAUAUAUUUAUUGUUUAGUUGUAAGUGACGACACACACACACACACACACAAAAGUUCUGCUCGUUUUCAGUGGCAAAACCGAGUGCAUGCGUAAGAAGGAAAAGAAAAAAAGCUCGAACCGAGAUUUCUUUUAUAUAUAUAUACACACACGUGGCACACAUGUAUAAUUUACGUAACCCGGAUUUAAUUCAUCUAUUCAUCGCGUAAUAUCGCGUACCCGCGGCUCUCACGCGCGAAUCACGCGCACAUUUAUUGUUCUGUCGCGUAGACGGGGCGCAACUUCGAGAACUUCAGAGCGUUCGUAUCGACGGUAAUGUGAAUCUUUACACAUGUGUACGUGCGAAAAGAUGUCCCGUAUCGAACGGAGAUGUUAAGUGUACAUAUAUGUGCAACACGCCUGUAUGUCUGUCUAUAAUCUGCAUUUGUUUAAUCCUCGUAUAUUCGUUCAGUAUCCCCUGUAUUCACCUGUAUUCGUUUGAGAUAGUCUCUUUUUCGUGCGACUCAAUGUUUUAUACAUAUAUAUAUAUAUACAUAUAUAUAUGUUGUAGUUCUCUUAUUAAGGAUAUAUUACGUAUUUCGUUCAAAUUUGAGGAAAUACAGCAGCGGAGGCGAUGACGCGCGCGCGUGAGAAAGAAAGAGAAAGAAGGAAUAAAAAGAAAGACACACACGGCGAAUUUGACGAAAAGAGUAUCGUGUCUUUUUGCAAAUCCCGCGAACGUUGGUAUCAUCGAUCCUCUCGGUAACGAAUAUUGCAGUCUUUAACGUUUACUUUGUCACAUGCGACCCAGAAAAACGCGCGCUCCUGCUUGCGAUAUUCAAUUGGAUUCUCGAAUUUCGGUAGCGAUUGUUAGAACAGAAGAUUCCAAACACAGUAUAUCUCUCUGUCGGAACGGGGUGUACGGGGUUUUUUACGGGCAGGACGUUUCAUUCAUUCACGGGAUUUCUACGGGAGAAAAAUUUUGUAAUACGCUUGUUAUCGAUGUAGAAUACAAAGAGCGGAGGAAGAGUGACUACAGAAUGUUAAAUCUAUUAUCGCGCAUUCGCCUAUAAAUAUUGCACCAUACAUACACCUGUCCAGACCAGUUUCCGGAUGUACGAACAAAAAUGUGUUUCAACCUGAUAUUAAAUGUAACAACAACAACAAUAAUAAUGAGAUUUAUGUUUCAA